GACACUGUUCAUCGCCUACUGUGCUCCCUCCGCCUUGACCACGCUUCUUCGUCGUCAUCGACACGAAAACGCAGUUGGCACCGGAACACUUGCAUAGUUUUAGGGUCCUUAGCAGAGAAACUCGCUGGAAGCAGCAGUGUGGCUAUGUGCAAUUCGACAACUUUAAAUUAUCUGAUAUCUCGAAUAUUGCCUCCAUUUACGCAAGCGCGUGUGGUAUUGUUUGCUUUGCUGGCUCUGGAGAAAUUCGCUCAGACAAGCGAAAACCAAUUUAUGAUAUCGCGGACGCUGGAGGAGUCACCGACACAUCCACUCAAGCAAUUGGAAGAAUGGCGGCAUUGCACGUCGAAUGCAAUGAAACGACAAGUAGGAUUCUGUGCGACAUGGGCGCUUGACAAUAUCUUCAUUACUCCUAAUCGAACUUAUGCCUAUGAGACUACUGAUGUGUCGAAAAUAAAUGCUAUGCUAAAUCAUGAGGACGUCAGUGAAUAUUUAAAGAUUGGACCGGACGGACUGGAGGCUCGCUGCGACGUAUCCUCAUUUGAGUCCGUCAGAUGUACAUUCGCAGUGCAAGAUGGUGUAUGGUUCUACGAGGCUACCGUAUUCACUCCAGGUGUCAUGCAGAUUGGAUUUGCUACCAAAAGAAGUCGAUUUUUAAAUCACCCGUUUACAUUCAAGGAGGGCUAUGGAAUCGGUGACGACGAAUCGUCUGUCGCUUAUGAUGGUUGUCGACAACUGCUGUGGCAUAAUGCCCACUCCAGCCGACACGAACAUGAGCCGUGGAGCCCAGGAGAUGUUGUUGGUUGUCUGCUGAAUAUACCGAUGGGCACCGUCAUGUUUUACUUGAACGGUCGUCCUCUUCAAAGGCCUCAUCUGGAGUUUCUACGAAAUCGGCCGGCCGGAGAUGGAGUUUUUGCUGCAGCUUCGUUCAUGUCGUUCCAACAGUGUCGAUUUAACUUCGGAGCAGAACCAUUCAAAUAUCCACCUGAUCUUGCAUUCAGCACUUUCAACGACGGCGGAGCAACACUAACAGCCGAACAGAAGACGAUUCUCCCUCGGCGCAGGAGAUUGGAACUGUUACAAAAGGAGCCCAUACCCGAGGACUACUGUACUAUAUGCUAUGCACAUCCUGGAGAUACUGUUUUGGAGCCAUGCAUGCACGGUGGAAUUUGCAACACUUGUUCUGUCCAGAUGGAUCACUGUCCGCUCUGUCGACAGCCUAUUGAGAAUCGUCUUCAUGUCAACGACGCUCCCCAAGCAGUCAUUCGUAAGGUUUCUUCGUCCCAUCUAAUUCCGUCUCGUCGAAUUUCGUCGGGACAACCUCUCUUCUCUCCUGCUCAACGAAUAACUACGGAAUUGUGA